UUUCCCUUGCUAUUAAACGUCUACCGUCAUGAGGUUCGUUGACAGGGACAGCUCGUGACGGGAAACACAACAGGUGGAGGCGCGGGGAAGUAGUUUCUAUGGCAGGAGGCUACGCUGCCGACUGAAGUUGACACCCACUAUUACCAGAGCUUCUCGGGACGUUAAAUAACCAUGUUGAAAGGCAGCAAAAAUAUUACACUGGUCAAUUGUUUAUGUUUUAUGACGGCGGCGUUAGCAGCUGCACCUGACACCCUGAGACUCGUGAAUGUGCUAUAUCGGCAUGGAGAUCGUAGCCCAGUCUCAAUUUACCCCAAGGAUCCCUAUCAAGCAGAUGUGUGGCCUCAGGGACUGGGAUGGCUGACAGAGAUUGGAAUGCAGCAACAUUUUAAACUGGGACAGUUCCUUCGAUCAGAAUACAGAAAUCUUCUAAAUUCAACAUAUGUCAAUUCUGAGAUUCAUAUAGAGAGCUCUGAUGAAGACAGAUGCCUGAUGUCAGCUUACUGCAACCUGGCUGGCUUGUAUCCUCCUGCAGGUAGCCAGGUUUGGAAUCCCAACAUCACAUGGCAGCCCAUUCCUGUUCACGCAGUUCCAAAGUUUGAAGACAAUAAACUCAAUAUGGGAGCUGCAUGUCCACAGUACAACCAACUCUAUGAUUUGAAAUUACAAUCCCCAGAUGUCAAGAAGAUUGAGAAAGAAAAUGCGAAAUUUUUUGAUUUUAUUGAAAAACAGACUGGAGUGAAAAAAGAGAAUGCAACUGAAGUGUGGAAAAUUGGUGAUACUCUUUUUUGUGAGAAGAGUCACAACAUGAUGCUCCCCAACUGGACUGAAGAGAUUUGGAACAGCAAAACUGCGUAUGAAAAUCUCCGUUCUCUACAAAUAUGGUCUUUUAUCCUCCAGUAUAAUGACACAAAUCUCAAUCGCUUAAAGGGAGGACCUCUUCUUAAGGAAUUUAUUUCUAACAUGGAGAAGACAGUCAGCAGUCCAGCUAACCAGACUUACAAAGUGUUUAUGUAUUCUGCUCAUGACUCAACAAUAGCUGCAGUAACCUCUGCAAUGAAGGUCUUCAAUUUUCUUAACCCUCCAUAUGCAGCAGCUCUGUUUGUCGAACUUCACCAGAUAGGUGACCAGUACUUUGUCUGGUUGCGCUAUUAUAAUGAUUCAGGUGCUCCAUACAAUCUUACACAUCCAGAUUGUGGUUUGACUCUGUGCCCUCUGGAAAAAUUUAUUGAUGUUACCAAAGACCAUAUUCCAGAUAACUGGCAUGCUGAGUGCUUUGGAACUGAGAAAAGCACAGUGUCCGUUUCAGUGAUUGCUCUGGCCACAGCUUGUGGUGUGCUGCUGUUGCUCCUUGUGGUUCUGACAAUAGCCUGUUUGCGUCAUCGACACAGCACCAGCCGUUAUCAACUGUUGCACUAGUUUUUUCUUUACUUUUAAUUUUUUUAAUUUAUUUUGGGAACAAGCUACCACUAUUCUUUUUCUGGUUAUCUACAAACUUGAUAGUUGUACCAUGACAUUGACACAUAGGCUGUAAAGAAGGUAAUUCCUUGUGGAGUGUCCUCUCCCUCUUAUCGCACAACUGAAACCUCUCAUCUAAAUACUCAUGAGAUUAAAGAGGAUGGUUCUGUCUACAGACACAACUGGUAAAUAAGUCAGUUCUAUGACUUUCAUGGCCACACAAUUGCUUUAUGAUUUUAGUGUUCCUUAGUGUGCCUAGCAUUAGGUGUCUCAUUUUUUGUUUUUUGAAAAAAAGGUUUGUAGUUAAUAUCUCAUGAAAAAAUCAGUGGAUAAAAAAUAUCCUGUGAUAGAUGGAAGACAUUUUGUUCUGUAAAUGGAUUUGUGCUCAGAUCAUGACCUUAUUUUGGGAAACACUAUAUAAAUGUACAUUUAAUUUUGUUGUUAUAUGUAAUAGUGCAUUCAUUUCCAUCAGUGUGUGUAUAUAAUUAUAUUCACAAACAUUUCCUGAAACUGAUGCAGAUGAGUAAUUUUCACAUUUAGAGACUUUUUUGUGAGGCAAAAUGCUGAUGUCCACUCCCGGACUGCCAAUCUGUAUAUUUAGGCUUUUGCCAACCUUUCAAGCCAAUUCAAGUUUAUAAAGAUCAUUUGACUACAGUCUCAUAACUUACACUUAUUUGUAGAAAUUAUGUUUAUUUUUUUAUUGUAUUUGUAAAGAAGUACAAUUAUUUUUGUAUAAGAAAGAUCUGAGCUGAUCAUGAUCUGAGCUGCACAAAACUGUAAACUUGGCUCAGCAAGUCACUUGUAACAUAUUCUUCUUUAUAUAACAUGUAUUUUGUAUGAAACAGAUACGACUAAAAAAAAUAUGGUUAUAUACUUGUCUGGAAAUUGGCAUGGGAUUGGUAAGAAAGAUUAGGACAUUAUACACUCAUGCUGUGCAUGAAGGUAGACUAUUGAAAAGAAGCAAAAAGCAGCUAGCUUGGCUAACUUGAUUAACUAUGGUAUAGAGAUCUUGUUCUCAGUUUUGGUAUUCAGUGUUUAGACUUGACUGUAUAUUUUGAAUACUACAGUAGUUAGGAAGUUGAGUAGAACGUUUUCUAUCUUUCUUUACAAUAUUUUAUAUGCGAGCUGGUUUUGAUUUGGUAAUAAAAUAGAUAUUUUGUAUUUACAAAGCCAUUUUUUUACAUAUAUGUACAUAGAAAAUGUACAACAACACAUAAGACAUUAAAUACAUCUGAAUGUCA